CGCAAGAUUCGCGGGUGCGACGCAUCCACGGAGUGGACCGAAUCGCAUAGCGAGCAUCCGCUACGGGCGAUGCCAGCAGCCCUCCUACGAAACCCGCGCGACCUGGACGGGCUGCCCAUCCCCACGGGACGCCUACACGUUCAUUUCCACAACCGCGGCUCGCAGACAUGGAUGCUGGUACGGCGCAGAGUCGCUGCGCGCCACAGACGCGACUCCGAACCGGGACCAAGUGGCCACCCUUCCCAGACAGCUGUUGCCCAAGAGGGGACGGCUGGCGCGAGUUCCGAGCCCGUAUAUCGGCGCGAAUGGAUGCCUGCGCGAGCUGGCACCAGGCAUCCGCGCCUUCCAGGGUAUGUGCUGCACUUCCUGGACAGGGGCGAGCCGAGCUUCGUCCGGGAGGCGUCGGCGCGCGAGUACGCGGCGAACAAGAGGAAGCGGGAGAGGAUGGCGCAGACAACGUGAACCACACGCUCGUCCGCGUCAAUAGUCAGAUAAGCAAGCCGUUUCCGCCUGCUCACUUUUUU